AUGGGCACGGGCAUCGUCUCGGUGCUGCUGCAUAACUUGCCCUACAAUGGCGCGUGGCUUCAAUACAUCUCGUAUGUCUUCUUCGCCGUCAACGUCGCCCUCUUUACCGUCUUCUUGGCCCUCUCGGUCUUGCGAUACACGCUAUACCCCGAGAUCUGGCGGGCCAUGAUUUCCCACCCAGGACAGUCAUUGUUCCUCGGGUGCGUCCCGAUGGCAUUCGCCACCAUCAUCAACAUGAUGAUUCUUUCCUGCGCGUCGUGGGGGCACUGGCUCGUCUACCUCGCCUGGGCCUUCUGGGGCGUCGACGUCAUACUCGCCCUCGCCAGCUGCAUCAGCAUGCCCUUCGUGGUCAUGCACCGGCACCGACCGGGGCUGGAAAACACGACAGCCGCGCUGCUGCUCCCCAUCGUGCCGACCAUCGUCGCGGCGGCAACGGGGGGCAUCGUCGCCGAGGCGCUGCCGGACAGCGGGCACGCCUUGAUGACCAUCGUCGUGUCGUACGUGCUCUGGGGCAUCGGGGAGAUGCUCUCGGGCUGUGUGCUCGCCCUCUACUUCCACCGGCUGACGGUGCACUCGCUGCCGCCGCGCGAUGUCAUCGUCUCCGUAUUCCUGCCCGUCGGGCCGCUCGGCCAAGGCGGCUUCGCCAUCCAGCAGCUCGGAAAGGUCGCCCUCGAGGUGUUCCCCAAGACGAGCAUGUUUGCGAGCGCCGGGCUCGAGGCAUCCCGCGGCGCAGAAAUCCUGUACGUCCUCGGCGUCUUCCUCGGCCUCGUCAUGUGGGGGUUCGCCCUCGUCUGGGUGGCGUUUGCCGUCAUCAGCCUCGCGACGACGCAGAGCUUCCCCUUCAACAUGGGCUGGUGGGGGUUCACGUUCCCGCUCGGCGUGUGGGCGACGUGCUCGAACCUGCUGGCGGUGAACCUUGGGAGCGACUUUUUCAAGGUGGCGACGAUGAUCAUCUCGCUGGCCGUCGUCCUCCUCUGGAUCAUGGUCGCGUCACGAACGCUGCACCUCGUAUACACGGGGGAGAUGUUUUUUGCGCCUUGCCUGAAGGACCUUCGGGCGAAGGAUGAGGCGAGCGGAUGUGACAGACGGGUGUAG